AUGGAGUACGGUCAGCAGGGACAGCACGGCCACGGCACCACGGGCCGUGUGGACCAGUACGGCAACCCAGUCGGCGGCGUCGAGCACGGCACCACCGGAACCGGCGGCAUGGGGUACGGUACAGGAACCGGAACCGGCGGCGCUGGCAUGGGUGGUGGGCAGUUCCAGCCAGCGAGGGAGGAGCACAAGACCGGCGGCAUCCUGCAUCGCUCCGGCAGCUCCAGCUCCAGCUCGUUUGAGGACGACGGCAUGGGCGGAAGGAGGAAGAAGGGAAUCAAGGACAAGAUCAAGGAGAAGCUGCCCGGAGGCCACAAGGACAACCAGCACGCCACGGCGACCGGCGGCGCCUACAGGCAGCAGCAGGGACACACCGGCGGAACCUACGGUACCGAGGGUACCGGCGAGAAGAAAGGCAUCAUGGAGAAGGUCAAGGAGAAGCUGCCUGGACAGCACUAA